AUGAAGCGAGCAAUCAAGUAAAAUCAAAAGAUUUAAUAAGUCUCUAAAAUCCCUCCUAAGACCACCUUCCCUCAGACUGAAUCUAAGUUAGGUUUCAUCUAGAAUUCCUCAAUCUAAAGUGCUAACUCAUAAAAGAGUGGAUUAGUUAGUGGUUAGACUGCCUACAAAAGAGUUCUUAAUGAUAGUAAACUCCUCGGCUCUAAUAACAUUACUCCAAAUCAUCUUAAUAGUAGUAAUCAGAUAAAAAAUAUCCCGCAUUAAUAAUCCUUAAAUUAAUCGAAUAAGCAACAAUCAGGCGGUAGUAAUCUAAACAGAUCUGGCAUCUCUUCCAAUGUCAAGAACGAUUUGAGAGCCAAGUACGGCAAGAAGGAUAAAAAGAUUACAGAUUUAUCCGAGAUUCUGGGUCAGGAUAGUGAUCAUAUCCCACUCAGAGAAAUUGAGGUCUAGAUUGAGCUUAGUAAUCACAGCCAAACAGUUAUCUAAACUCCAUUCAGCAACAAUAUCAGUAUGCUUAACAAGAAGGAUAAUAGUCCUAUCUCACUUAGAUACGCAAGUCGGGAUUUAAAUUUGAGUCCUAAGGAUGCAGCGGUCUUGGCUGAGUAGUAAAUGCUCCUCCGAUCUGGAAACUCAGCUUCUCCAGACAAUAAAACUGUCAUUGAGAGCAUCAUAGUAAACGCAAAAUCCUCUUCAGCCAAGCAAUCGAAGAAGACUUCUCCCCUCUCCUCUGGCAAACCCUCACCAAUCUUGAAAACAGUAAGCAAAUAAAACAAAAAGAUUUACUCAUCUGGGAAGUUGAUGAGAAACAGUCUUGGAUUCAUUGAUGUCGAGGAAGAAGACUCUGAUGCCCAGAACCAAGAGAAUGGCUUGGACGGCAGAUUGGUUUUCAAUGACAUUUCCAUUAAGGAAAACUCUAACAUCAUCCUUAACUCCAACAAAAAGCAUCACAACACUGCCUUGAAGUUUGAAAAGUUAAAUGCUAAGCCUCAGCAAGUGCACCAAAACAGCCAAGGCAAGAAGAAUCAAGCCAGAUCUGGCAACUAAAAUAAUCAGUAGUCGUCUCAGUCUGGAUAAACUAAGCGCAAGUCACCUUCAGUAGGAGAAAUCGAAGGUUGUGCUAAUUUGUACUCACUUAAGAUCAGUGAUAUUACUGAUGCAUUGAAUGAAUUCACACAGCAUGAGGAAGCAAUCAACAAAAGCUUCAAAGAAUCCCCAAUCGACUUCAAGCAAUCAGAGAGAGGAUGCCAUGGUGCAGGAGACAAUGAAUUCCAAACACUUAUCCUUAACCAAACCAACGCUACAAGCAGUGGCAUCUAUUCCCAUGACUUUUCUUUAAUCAAGGCUUCACCAGGUACUUCAGAGAGAAAUUCUUUUGGCGCAAAUGAAUCAGUGAAAAGUAUUAACACUAUUCAACCCCCAUCCUUUGCUUUCACGAGAAAGGUGGAAGUCAUUGAUCAAUUGAAGAAGAGCAUUUUGGUAGAAGGCCGCGUCUUGUGGGAAGUGAUGUGGAAAGAAGCUGGAAAAGUAACAUUUGAAAGUGAGGAGGCCUUGAAGCAAAAGCAUGGCUUUUAAUUCGAACAGCAAAAGCAGAAAUACCUACAAUCUAGGGAGCAAAAGCAGUGA